AUGACUAUGCCAAGUGCUGGAAAACAGCUCUCAUCUGAUGUCGAGAAACAGCUGUCAACUGACGAUCGCGAUGUCAAAGACCUUUGGCAGGAGGCCUUGAAAGGCUAUCAGGGCAUAGUCGGGUUCAGUUUGGAACGCAAAUUCGACAAUGCUCAGAGCAUGCUCGACUUUGGAACAGAACAAAUGAACAGAUUCCACAAGUUCAGACACGAUAAGGGCAAGGUUGAUCGCCUGAGAACCCUCCUUGCCUCUAAUCUGGACUACGUGGAAAAAGGCGCCAACCAGAUCAUCGAGGCAGCUUCGCCAGCUUUCCCCCCAGCCGCGGCUAUUGGGACGGCCUUGACCUACAUACUCCAGGCCUGUCGUUCAGUCUCAGCUGACUAUGACAUUGUCAUCGUUUUCUUCGAAGACAUGAACAGCUUUCUUCAACGUAUCAGCAUUCUUGAGGCACGACUUCCCCAGAAAAGGGCCUAUCAAAACUGCCUGAUGGAGGUAUUUACCUCGCUUCUCAACAUGUGCGGCUUCGCGCAAAAGUACAUCGAACUUGGUCGUUUCAAAAAAUGGAUUACCAACCUCUUUCAGGGAGAAGAUAGUGAGCUGGGGGGAGCAAGAGCCCUCAUGAACAAGAGAUUGGGUCAUCUCCAACAAGCCACGGAGUUUGCUAUUCUCGGAAACUCCGAGGAAACGCUCAAGAUGACCACACAGUUGGAUGAGAACCAACGAUCUCAUACCCAGAUGCUAGAGAGGUUCGAAAACACCAUGGACAGCAUCAACGAAAACACUGAGAACAUCAAGAACGAUGUCGCCAAGUUACUCAAGUUGUUUGGAGGACAAACGGAAGAAAGUCAGGCCAACAGUGAUCUGCUAGGCAGCGCAUCGUCUGCAAAGGGCGUCAUGGACGCUGAAGAAUCAGGAGGCGAGACACUAUCUGCCAGAGCCGUUCGAUACUUUAUACCAGUACUAGGAAGGAACAUCGAGGAGGAAUCUGAAGCCCUGAGGGAAACACUUCUGCCAGACUUUUGCAACUGGGUGUUUUCAGAGCCAAGCUGGAAUGAUUGGCUGGCAAUGAAGGACGGAGAACGUCCCGUUCUUGCAAUUACUGGCCAGCCUGGUAUCGGAAAGAGUCAUCUGGCAGUUGCCCUCUACGACAAGCUCGAAGAAAGGGCCAGAGAGGAUGAAACGGGACACACCUGUGUCGUUCACUUCUACUUUCGCGAGGAAGACGAAGUGUUUUGCUCUUUUCUCACCUGCAUGGCUUCAUUUGUCAUCCAGAUUGCAGAGACUAACAAUGCUGCUUGCGAAAAGCUGAAAGCACAGCUUGCGAGAGACGACAUCAACUUCAACAACCGCCUUUGGCAACACCUUGCAAAGUAUUUACUCAAGCCUCUCUUCGAGCAAAACUCCAAGUUCAAUCUCUUUAUUGUGCUGGAUGGAUUGGAUGAGACACGCGAUUGGAAUGCCUUCAAGGAGUUUCUGUCCAAGUUCGUCACACAGGAGGGGCUGAGAAUGUCGCUAGUGGUCACCUCUAGACCUGAACGCUUGGAAGAUUUUCCGACGGACGUCCGACUGCUUCAGAUUGAAGUGACCAAAGAAAAGCAGCGCCACGACUUUAAGUUGCUGAUAUGGCAUCGCAUAAAUUCUCUUGGUUGCCUGAAGAAAUUCUGCCGAUAUGUUAAGCAGCGGGUUGCCGUUGCGGUGGAGGAAUUGUCACCCAAACAUAUGCUCACCCGACUGGACAGUCUUGGCCGCGAGGGCGCAGUUUUGAAAGCACUUAAUCAGAAUAAGCCCGUUGACCUGAAUGACAUCUACGAAGGCUUAUUAUCAGAGUGUCGUCGCCGCACGCCAAUCAGUCACCAACAGAUUGCUGCCUCGAUACUUCAUUGGGUAGCUUUUGCUAAACGAAGACUGAAACUAAAUGAAGUUCAGUCUCUUCUGAGGCAUCUAUCACAGGAAGCAGACUUCACUUUUGAAGACAUACCUGAGUUCACGUCAAAAUUCCUCAAAGUAGCAGACACAGGCUACGACGCCGAAUUGCGAGCGAAGGCGCAAGCCAGCAAAGCCACUAUGGUUCAAGACUUGAAGCAGCAUGGCGACGACAAUGACGAUAUAUACGACGAUGGACCUCUUCCUGUGAAGUUUCAAGAACGAUCCAUGAGGCGUUACUUCACAGAUGGCCCGCACGCACCUUCAACAUUGCGUUGGGGACCUUCCGAAGCCCACCGUCGGAUCUUUUUGAGCAGCACGAAGCUGUUUCAACCUUCUCGGAUGGAUAUUGACAAGAACCUCCAGAACUAUUGCGCUAUAUUUCUGCUACAUCACUGGAGUAAUAUCCAGGUCGCUCAACAUACCCACCAGGAACAGGUUGAGGUCCUUGAGGCUUUUGCCGAGGCACUUAGCAAUAAGACUGGAUUUUCUAAGAUGAUGGGCAAGGUUGGAAUGACGUAUCGCUACGCAUCAACCACCGUCACUGAUCUCAGAAUCCAAGACUGGGCAAAGCUUGUGAAAAUUCAAGAAGUCAAGGAUAGUCUCAGUGAUUUUGCCGCGGAAUGGUGGUGUCGCGUUGAACAAGAUCCCGCCACCUUUCGUCUGGGCCUGGCCAAGGGUUAUCUUCGGGAACUGUAUCAGUCACUGAAUGUAGAAGAUGCUAUGAAGGCAUGGGAAUGCCUUCAGAGCAUCAUGCUAUUGAUCGGGAAAGGCAACCUUCUAAUGGAGCAAGGCCGUCUCAACUUUCCUGACGAUGUCAAAACAUGCGAUGAGACAGAAACGGUCUUUGAUGCGGCUAAGGCCAGCCUGGGUAUCUUGGGUCUCUUCGCACAAGACGUGACUCCGGAUGCAGGCGGUCAUCGCGCAACAGCUGAAGUUCUACUCAAGAUUGGGUAUUUGGGACCGGCUGAGAAGACUUGCAGAGCAGCCCUAAAGCUUUGCAGCCCAAGUAACCCUGAGUGGUACAGGGCUUCUUGUGUUCUGUGUGACAUAUUGUUACAAUCAAAAAGAAACGAAGAUGCUCACCAGUUCGCUGGUGCUGCAGUCUCUCAGCUCUGGAUAGCGGAGAUUCCUGGACAUCUAAAGCGUGCCGUGUGUACUACGUACGCCAGAGCUCAAUCAGAAUUGCGUAACUUUGACUCAGCGCUUCAGCACUAUACCGAGGCUAGGGACUCCGAUCCCGAAGGCGUCACCCCAUCAUCCGAUCUUGUUGCAGAGUUGGAUGUCUUCUACCAAAAGGCAGAUCAAGCCGGUUAUAUCCAGGCUUUGAAGAGCUGGACCCUCCUGGAAAGGAUCACCUGGUUGGCGUCCGAUUACGCGACAGAAGGAGAAGAUCGAGUUGCUCUACUUUGUGACAUUGCCGUGCAAACCGGUGAAAAGCAAUUCGUUGUUGAUUUUUACGAACAAGUGGUUGCCUUCUUAGACAACCUCGACGCCGCCACACCUCUUCGCCUAGAUCUUGCUGUUGUGUACUUCGAGGCCUGCAAAGAUGCCGAGAAGGCUCUCAAUAACUUGGACGAUAUAUUCGACAGCAAUGACACGGUCUUCGUUUACCCCAUCACAUCUGUCACUCCAGGGUGGGUGUUUCGUAUGGCGUUGACUCUGAUGACAAAUGUUCAGGUAGAACUCUUUCGGCAGUCGAGGGACCCGGUCUACAAAGCAGAACGCCUCCAAUCUCUCGCCAGCCUCAUGGAACGCCCAUUGUCACUACAUAUCCCACACAUAUCCCCAAUCGCUACUAUAUCGCACAGGAUCGGCUUGUCUUACAUGUACUGGGUCAUGGGGCCCAAAGCGACAUUCGAAGAAACGCUGCGAAAGUUAUUCAAAGAAAGCUUCGACGCUCUGAGUGAUUCCAUCAAAUGGAAUGAUGGUACGUAUGUGUGGACACUUACACAGGCGCUGGCGCUUCUAAGUCGAGCGUUGGGAAAUGACGACACGCUCCGCCGCUACGCUCGUAUCGUUGGUUCUGCUCUAUUGUCACGACUUACCAAGUCCCCAGAGGAAAAUGAGUCAGCGGGUGGCAAGCAAAGAGCUAGUCAUAUACCGGAAGGAGAUGAGCAUGGGUCGGAAGGCAGCUCCCCUGAAGACGAGGGAGACUUGCUGAGUGACCCAGGGUACACGUGCGGAGGCUUUUGUUCCCCAGCCCGACCCUUUCGGCGGUGGGGAGAUGGCUCGGCGUACUUGUACAUCACUUUUGAGACGGGUAUGAUUUGCGAAGAGUGCCAAACGGAAUACGAAGCUGUGAAGCGCGGCGAAAGAACAGGCAAAGUACGAUACUUCCACGGCAUAGGGCACGACUAUGUCAAGCUUCCCGUCGAGGGCUGGCGGGGUGUCAAAAAUGGACUGUUGAGGUUGGAUGGCGAAGAGCCAGUGGCAUUCAGUAGUUUCUUGAAGAAGCUUCAGACGGAGGUCAUCGAGAAUGCGUGGGAUCGCCUUUGGUCUGGAGAGGCGUAG